CUUUUCCCUUUGCCCUUUUCCCUAUUUUUCAGUUUGCCACAAUUUUUUCUCACAUUCUCUCCUUUUUCUUCUCUUUUCCAUCUCUCAACUUCAAGACAACCACACAAAGCCCACACUCCUAAUAAUUCCCUAUAAUUCCAAACUUUUCUUUCUUUCUUCUUCCUCUUUUCUGAUCACUUUUUAUUGAUUAUUCCACCUUCCUUGGGGUUUUCUUGAUUUUUUUCUUGUUUUCCUUGUCCCUUGCUGAUUAAAGACAAAAAGAAAGGUUUUUGAACCUCAACAAACACAAAAAGAUUACAUUUAUCUUGUGGGUUCUGUUGUUUCUUGUGUUCCUUGUCCCUUGUUUUGCUGAUUAAAGGAAAAAAAAAAAGGUUCUUGAGCCUCAACAAACAUAGAAAGAUUAAAUUUUUCUCGUGGGUUCUGUUUGAUUUUUUCUGCUUUUAGCUUGAAAAAAUCGAAAUAGGGGAAAAAAAAAGCUUGAAUCUUUUUCAGACAUGUCUUGCUGCUUGAAAUCUGGUUUUUCUGUGAGUGGGUCCUGUGAGACUAUGGUCAAGAACAGAGGCAGAGAGCUUCUUCCUCUCGAAAUUGGGAAAUCACUUGCCAUGGAUGUUUUGGGCAGAAAUUUUAAUGUUUCAGAUCAAAAACUUGUUAGCAGCUACACCAUUAAAGCCCCCAAAUUGGAUCUUGUUAAUGCCCAGCCAUCAGUUUGUGUAGGCAAAUCCCUUAGAUGGUGGGAAAAGUCCCUUCAGCCAAACAUGGUAGAAAUCCAGUCAGCACAGGAGCUUGUUGAUUCAUUGUUGAGUGCUGGGGAUAAAUUGGUCAUAUUGGACUUUUACUCACCUGGCUGUGGAGGUUGCAAGACUUUGCACCCUAAGAUAUGCCAGCUGGCUGAAAAGAACCCGAACGCGAUUUUCAUGAAGCUCAACUAUGAAAAAAACAAAGCAAUGUGCUAUGCCUUACAUGUCCAUGUCUUGCCAUUCUUUAGAUUCUAUAGAGGUGCUGAGGGCAAAGUUGGUAGCUUUAGCUGCACUAAUGCCACCAUCAAGAAAUUUAAGGAUGCGCUUGUGAAACACGGUAAUGAUCGAUGUAGUCUUGGCCCGACAAAAGGUUUGGAUGAGUCGGAGGUUUCGGCAUUGGCAUCGUUCGGCUUGUUAUCGGGAGGCUCGGGACUAAGUUCGACUAACAAUUAUGAUGAUAAAAGGAAAGAUUUGAUUGUUGAUGAAAAUGAGUUGUGCAAACAGGGUAGUGCAAUGGUUAUGGCUUUCAGCUAGAAAACAGAUUCAAGAAUUCAACACAAUGAAUUAGGUUGAGAUUAUUAUUGUCAUUGUUAUUGUUAUUAUUAUUUUAAAAAAAAAAAUUCCCAUUAUUUUUGUGGUGUAAAUAAUCAACUGUGGUUUAUUUUUUAUUUUUUAUUUUUAUUAU